GUCUGGCUGUGUCGGAGCUGCCAUCGCUGAACCAGCUGGAAGGAGGAAGGUCACGGACGCAGAAACCUCAGACACCAGCACGAUGGCUACCACACUGUUAAUUCCGCAGGAUGUGGGCCAGGCAGAAAAAGGAGGGAUUGUUGACGACUUUAUGUAUGGGUCUAACGUCGCGACAAGCCACAUCUACAUCCGCAUGGGAUUUCUACGCAAGGUCUAUGGACUUUUAUUUGUCCAGAUCCUAGUGACCACAGUCAUUGCAGCAGGAUUUGCCCAAACCCCAGUUCUUCGCCAAACAAUCCAUGAUAAUCCCUGGAUGCUCAUAUUGUGUCUACCAUUGGCACUUGGACUUCUUAUUGCACUCCAUGUGAAAAGGCACCAUGUUCCCAUCAACUUCAUGUUGUUGGCAGCAUUCACCGUGGUGGAAGCAGUCACAGUUGGAGUGGCAGUCAGUAUGUAUGAGGCUGAGGUGGUUGUGAAAGCUUUCUUCAUGACCCUGCUCAUCACAGGAGGCCUCACAGCAUACACUUUCCAGACAAAGAGAGACUUUACAAAUAUAGGAGCUGGAUUGCUUGUUGCUCUUAUGCUGAUGAUUGGCCUUGGAGUGAUGAAUGUAUUCCUGGGAAGCAGUGGCAUGGAGUUGGCUUUAGCUGGAGGAUCUGCUCUAAUUUUCUGUCUCUUCAUUGUGUAUGAUACUCAGAUGAUGAUGCAGAAAUUGUCUCCGGAAGAAUACAUUUUGGCCACCAUCAACCUGUACUUGGACAUUGUGAACCUCUUCCUUGAACUGCUUCGCAUAUUUGGUGACAGGAGAGGCUAAGUCAUUGGAGAAUUACCAUAAAUUAUAUGUGAGAGGUUAAAUUGAUAUGUAUAUGUUUGUAAGAUUUUUGUUCUUUUGUUAUGCUUGCGCAGCACAUACUCCAGUUUAAUGAGCUCAAUUUCAAUGGUUCAUGACAAUAAUGAAAUUAAUGUAAUACAGCACCUGAGCACAGGAAUACAUUGCAAACCACUAAGAACCAGCAGCACAACUUUUCACCUAACCAGAUCUGACACUACCCUAACUCUAUAUGGCUUAGCAAAAUUGAUAGUGUGCUCUUCCCCUCUCAGGUCUUGAGAUGAAAGCAUUCAUCAAAGAAGUGCAAUUUGUUCAAAAUUUGAACCACCACCCUAAAAGUUACUGUGUUUUUGCAGGAUUCCAAUAGUUACCCCAGACCAAAAUAUUACCCACCCUACCUAUGUGGGAAAUGGGGUUUUGAGGAUUAUCGAAGUCCAUUCAUAUAAAGGUACAUAGACCAUCAAAAGUGAAACAUUUUUGGCUGUUAAGCAAAAAACAAUUGAGGCAGGCUUUGUCUUAGCUCACUUAAUGUAGGUAAGAAUUACUGUCAUGUCUCCUAUUGUGAUGUUAUGUACAAACAGAAGUGUUGCCCUUCAGUGGCAGUCUUCCUCCCUUGGACCAAAACUACUUGCAUUCAGAGUCUUUCCUGGUGUCCCAUAGGGGAUUAAGGUGAUGAUAGUGAGUGAACCUGUCUCAGAGCUGGCACCAUUUGAUUCUCUAAUAGGCUAUUCUUAAACAAUUUCAUAGCAAGAAAUCUGAUGAUUUUUUCAUUAAUUAGUAAUGCUGCAUUAAAGUGAGGUAUGUUGUGGUCAGAGUUAUAUAUUGGUUUUAUUUUUCUAUGUCUUGGAAUUCCUUGAUCAUAUCCAUAGCAUAAAUAUAAUAAAAUAAAUUACAAAUUUUUGCAUCUGUUCAGUCACCUUCAGAAUAUCUUACAGUGUGAUGAGAAAUGUUGCAUCAUAAUCACUUUGAUUUUUGCUGUCCCCUAAUUGAUAUGUGCGAUUCUGAACUUUUUUUUGUUUGGUAGAGUAUAUAUUUAAUUUAAAAAACUAAUGGAAAUAAUUGCCAUCAAAAUUGAUGAUUAUCACUUGUGACCCCAUUUCCCAAAGAGGCAAAGUGGGGGACCUGAAAAUGCUAUUUGACCCUUUUUCAGAUGUUGGCAAAAGUAUUUGAGAGAAGGCUCCUUGAAUUUUAUGUAGGAGUUGCAUUCCUUUAGUUUUUUUUUUAUGGCAGUAGACUACAGACAUUUUUAAUCCCCAUUCCUCAAAAGACAAAAUAUGGAUAUAUAAUUUACUUUUAUCAGAUUUUUUAAAAACAUAAAUAUUUGUUAAGAUAGAAUAAACAUAUUUAUGUAGUGACUGUACAUAAAAUUACAGAUGUGGUUCUAAACACAUUCUUUUCCAUUUUAUAUUAGAAAUAUGUCAUACUGCUGUUUCUAACAAUUAUUGUCCACAUGACAUGGUUGAGAAAAGGCAAUAAUAAACACUUAGUAUUCAUAUAUAUUUUAGUACUAAAUGAAGUUAUAAUGAUCUUGAAUAUUCUGUUGAACAUAACCUCACAAUAUCAUUCAAGAAUGUGUAGCUUCCAUGAGGAGUGAUACUAUGCUGCUACAACAGGAGUAGCUUAUUAAAAGGGUAAGGUUUAGCGUGCUUAUUACUAAUUGUCCAUGAUAUUUGAUGGGGAAUUUAGAUGGAACAAAAACUGGAUGAGAAAUACAUGGCCAAAAUUCUACAUAUACUCUCACAGAUGGUGAUUCUAACUACCUUAAUUAAAAAUAAAUUGCACAUAUAAAUGUUCAGUAAUUAUCACAUUUUUCACAGACAUAGCUGUUAAAUUGAGUAUCCAGGAACAAUAAAGUAAAUAUAAUUUCUCAAUCUGGUGCCAGCUUUUCAAUUUGUGAUGUAAAAUUUGAACGCAUCUCAGAACAUCAUCAUAAAUUGCGUAUAUAAAUGUUCAGUAAUUAUCACAUUUUUCACAGACAUAGCUGUUAAAUUGAGUAUCCAGGAACAAUAAAGUAAAUAUAGUUUCUCAAUCUGGUGCCAACUUUUCAAUUUGUGACGUAAAAUUUGAAACAAUGGGUAAUCCAUAACACAUCUCAAAACAUCGUGUGUGAUCAGGGCCCAAGAGAGAGGGGGGAGCUGGUAUCUCAGCACCAGGGCCCGGCCUCAUAGGGGGCCCGGCCACCUGGGCAUGAUGUGUGUAAAUUAAGAUACUUAGGGGCCCAGAAUUACUUGCAGCACCAAGGCCCAAUGGUAGCUCUAUCUAGUGCUGUGUGUGAUAACAUGAUAUUUAUUUGCCAAGAAUGGCAUCUUGCAAUUUUUGUUGGUGCUCGCUCUCUCUCUCUCUCUCUCUCUCUCUCUCUCUCUCUCUCUCUCUCUCUCUCUCUCUCUCUCUCUCUCUCUCUCUCUCUCUCUCUCUCUCUCUCUCUCUCUCUCUCUCUCUCUCUCUCUCUCUCUCUCUCUCUCUCUCUCUCUCUCUCUCUCUCUCUCUCUCUCUCUCUCUCUCUCUCUCUCAUAUUAAAUGAAAUCAAGAGAUGUUUCUUCCUAUGUCCAAGAAAAUACACAGGGUGGAUAUUAGAAAAAGAAAAAAAAACUGCUAUGUGACCAUUUUGAUGAGAUCAUAAUGAUGGAAGACUGUCCUCAACCUUCUGUAUCAUAGAAGCUAUAUAAUCACCUGUACAAGAAAGUUCACUUAUGUAAUUUCACUGAAGGUCCUUUUUAAGGUGUCAUGCUCUCAAUACAUAGCUUUUGGAAGUUACCACCGGUGCCUUUCAAGCCUACAAGCUUACAAUGAUACGUGCAGAGGGUCAGAAUCCCUCAGCCUCACCUGUGUCCAUUUCCUUGAUCUGAGACAUGCUAGUCUAAUACCCUCCAAAGUAUGGUGGGUUUCAGAUAUAGGCAGUGAGUAAUUUUUUCAGUAUAUGAUUCCUCAGUCUAAUGUACAGAGUAAUUGUAACAAGCAUAGAAAUUCCUGCCAAUGAGGGAUGCAGCAACCCUACAAAUGGAACAUAAUUUCACUCAGAAAAGAUAAAGUUACUUAUUCUUUGCCAAAGAACAAGUUUGUACACGUGAUUAAAAAAUUACGGUGCAGGUGAGGUUUGAUGUAUGCAUGUCUGCCUGGUACAUAUAAAUGUAAUGUUGAUAACAGGCAAUAUAUGGCAUCCUCACAAGAGCAGGACUAUCAAUUGCAGGUAAAAUCAAGGGACAUUGUUAGUGCAGUAUACACUAUCUGAAAAGUUUCUGCAAGAUAUAUGCACUGCUAGCUUUUUAUUUAUACAUACAUUACAAACAAAAUCUGUCUUGAAAUGAGCAGUAUUUUAAUGCACUGAUGUCCACCCCUGGUGUUAUAAAACAUCAACAGAAUCAAAUUAUAUACAUUAAAGUUCAUACUAUCCAACCAUCAAGUAACUGACCACUCCAGGUACCUCUUUUUAUGAAAUUUGAAUUGAUAAAUUAUAAUUAUCAGAACCUGAAUUAUUGAAAAAAAAAAAAAAAAAGGAACAGUAUACUAUAUACUGUACAUUCAUAUAUAUAUAUUCUUACAUAUUGUAACCAUAAUUGUUUUUUACAUUUAUCAUCAUUAUCUGUUUAGUGUAAACCAAUGUUAUUGAGCAAAACCUAUGUUCUCUGAGUUUUUAAUGUUUUUCUUUUCUCACCACUUCUAAUACUAAUAGAUUUAGUAGAUGAUUAUAUAUAGAUCUAUAUGAAAUGUAGCCAUCAGUGAUUAUCAGUUCAUUUGAUGUAUAUUUUGUUCUGUUAGUCAGCGUCUUAAAAGGGAAUCGCACAAACUGUAACAGGCUCCACUUGGUUGUGAUAUCUGUACACUGCUAUGGGGAAAGAUGUUUAUUAUUGUCACAGUGAUUUCAAAGAAGUAUUUAUUGACCUUGAUGUGAUUAUAUAAUUAAAUAUAUAUUUUAUAAACUAUAAGGCCAUA